AUGGCUGGACGAGAAGUAUUGUGUUUGGUUUUAAUUCUACUGGUUGUUUCAACAAACAGUUACAAGUGUCCACAGAAUGAUCCUAGUGACGAACUGUCUUUCCGGGGACCCCCAGCAGAGGUGGUUUACGUCAGAGCAGGGCAAUAUAAAAUGAUACACUGUUGUACAACUGGAUACACUAGUAUGGUUUGGUAUAAAAUGUUCGAAGAUGGUUAUUAUGAAUACCCUUGGUAUGUCGGCGAUGAUAACGUACAGGAACAGCAAGGAAAUCAGAGUUUGAGAAUCAUCCGCUCCAGAAAAAUCAAAGAUGGCGGAUGGUAUAAAUGUGUUGCUAGGAAUAAUAGUCUUACGAUAAAACACGAGGUCUGGUUAAACGUCAUAGAAUGCGAAACAAAGAAUGGUCGAAUUGAUAUUACACAGAAACCGACUGGGCCGAUAAUGGCGGGAAUUGGUGAAAGAAGGGAGAUAACUUGUGAAGGAAAUUUUGGUUGUUUGUCAGGAGAGGAAGAAGAUAGGAUUGCCGAGUGGAGAUAUAAAUAUAAAGAUGAUCGAGGUCACUGGGUCUCUAGUGAUUCAAGAUUUACUGUCAAACAUUAUAGCAAAAACAAUGGAACUAUAGUGGGUAAUAAGCUAGUAAUAGAAACUAUCAAAACUGAAGAUUAUGAUACUGUUUAUUCGUGUAUUCUACAAACGACUAAAGUUGGAAGUCGAACUGGUUUUGAUGUUACCAUUAUACCACCAGAAACGAUACAGAAGUUGUAUUGGCUACUCCUGCUACUAGUGCCAGUUGUUGUCAUGGUGACGUGUUUAAUUCUCUAUUGUCUGUAUAAACAGAGAAUUGAUUAUUUCGUCCGUAGAAAAUUUGGGAAAUUUCCUGAUAGGGGAGUUUUAAAGAAUGAUAUAUUACUGCUGUAUAACGAUGCUGAUCAAACUUUCGUCCAGAAUUAUUUUAAACCUCAACUUACAGAGUAUAAAAUUUUUGAUAAACAUUGCGUAUUGCUGGGACACAGGGAGAUAAGCAAGUUAGAGGAGAAUAUAGAGAACAGUUUUGCUACAGUUUUAAUUUACACUCGAAACUUUAUUAGAGACAAAAAAUUAUGUUAUAUCUUCGAUAUCGCCAAAGCAGCAAGUAUUCGAAUAUUUAUCGUUCAAAUUGAAGAUAUUCCCAAAAACUCCGUCCCAGACGACUUGACAGACACCAUAUUGAAAAAGGCGCCAUCUAUUUUUACCACCAUAAAAUGGCCCUGGAAGGAUCCGAAAAAUUCAAGAAAAGUGAAGAAUUUUUAUUGCAAAUUAAAAAAGAAUCUUCCACGAGAGAAGACACCGAAACAGUGUGAUAGUAUAUCGCGUUCGAGUUGUCGUCCUUUGUUAGCGAGCGCCAGCUCGAACGGAAACGAAGAUGACACAGGAAGUAAAGAACCGGAAGUCCACCAUACUCGAUCCCGGCCUACAAACAUCCGAGUGGUGACUCAAACUUCCACGGGGACUAAUAAUUCAAGGGACAGUGGAAUCAGUUCGCCCCUGAAUUUCAACAUGAACACAGAAUUUCCCGACAUCCAGCCUGCUUCCGUUCCAAUAAACCACAUGGAAAUAAUGGUCUAG